AUGUCCCAUUGUUCAAAUCCCGGUGAUGGACAACAAGAUAUCUCAAAACUCCUAGAAGGCCCUCCUGAGUUUGCUCCAACUAACACAGAUGGAGGUUGCCACUCCCCAGGUAUCUUACGAGAAGCUCAAAUACCAGUUGGGGAGAUUGAAUUCAACGAAAGCGAAAAGAAUAUACCGAUUGAUUUAAUUGCUAUGUUUCCACUUUCGGUCCUUGAAAGCAUUCGCACAAAAGUAGAGGCCAAUGAGAAAGACUCUAAGGAUGAUACUAUUCAGAAUCUACUGAGAGACAUUGAUAAAAUAAUAGAAGAGGAUUGGAACACUUAUUUUUACAAGAAUCAUAUUUCGGCUUCGGCAUUACAAAAUUCCCUUUUCACAAUUCUCAAUGUCAUAGACGCUAAACGACAAGAGUUUAAUGAGCUUUCAAGCGCCUAUAACGAAGUAGAAAAGUACGAAAAAGAAAAUAAACCAAGGAGAAUUCAAUUAUCGGGUAUAAUUUUAGUCUUUUCUCCCUUACAAUUCUAA